CGCCAUCAGAGCAACACAAACUCUCGUGAGAAGCACUACUACCUGUAGUGACUUAGAUCAGCGCAUCCAGUCGACGAGAUGGCGGAUAAAAUCAAGGAGACCGCGAAGCAGGAGAUUUCAGCGACCGCCAAACAGGCCAGCGAUGCCGCCAAAUCUGGAGCAUACCUAUAUCCACUCCAGGGCAUCUUCUACUUCUGGACGCACAAGUCACUAUGGAAGCCCUUCCUCAGUCGCCUCGUGCCCACCAUGGGUCUCGGAGCGGCAGUCACGACCGCCAUGUUCUUCUUCACAUACCUACCCCAACUGGGAGUCCUAUUCUUCACAUCAGGACCCCUGGCGGUUGCUUCGACGGUCGUGCUGGUUCUAUCAGAGUCCAGUACCCUCACUAUGGUUCUCGCCAAGACUCUUUUGAUUGAGGAUGCCUUGAUCGAUACCUUUGAUGGAACCCUUGUUGCAAAGGGCCACACAGGUCUCGUCGAGCAGCAACGACAAGUCAAGGGGUCUUCGUUCGGCGACUCGGUGCAGAGACUCGGAAAGCUAGCUACCAAGCCAUUCCAGAAGUUUACGCCUGCUGCUCUGGCUCGCUACCUCAUCUCACUGCCACUCAACUUCAUUCCCGUUGUUGGUACAGUGAUGUUCGUUCUCCUUCAAGCUCGCAACCGCGGACCAGCCACUCACGCCCGCUACUUUCAACUCAAAGGCAUGAACGCCGCUCAGAAGGAGCGCUACGUGGAAGCUCGCAAGGGAUCCUACACGGCUUUCGGCGUGCCGGCUGUCCUCCUCGAGAUGGUCCCACUUGCCGGCAUCUUAUUCGCUUUUACGAACACCUGCGGUGCAGCACUGAUGGCUGCAGACUUUGAGCAGCAUGGCGACACCAGCCCAGAAUUGAGGGAUAAGGCUAGCAGUUCUAAGAAGGCUGCAUAGUGAUGUGCUGAUCAGAGACUAAUCGCAGGAAGUUCUGAAGGGCUUCCCUCGUGCGGAUGUUCCUGUGCAAUUGGAGCAUCACUCAGAGCGGUCUGUACGAAGUACAUGUUAUGGACGGCUGUGGCUUUCUAUCUGCUCGAUCGUUAGAUUAUUGAGCUUGAUCGGCGCAGAGUGCUUACCUCUUCUAGUGGUAAUCGUGGUUGACAAAGGGGGUCGAUCAGUGUUUCAGACUCUGGUGCCUCGACAAGAUUCUCAUCCAAAUAACCUCCUUUCGUAUGUCUUCCCAAGUGCCUCCCAACUGUGCAGUCCUCGUCCAGUGACGAGGCUGAACGGGGAUGGAAGAGGUGGUUUUUUGACACUUGAAUUACAACCUGCCAUGAUUGCUGGAAUUAGGUUGCGAAAGCCGAUGUUUUGCCCAUAUGCGCGAGUGAGCACAUCCUAGACCUGGGCUAAAACCUGUAUGGAACAAGAAGUGUAUUGUAAAAAGGGUGUAUCGAAGCUCGAUCCUUUUCUUUGAGAUGAGCUUCAUAUGAAGUACAUGUAACUCAUACCUUCUAAUAGAGACGAGCAG